AUGGCGUUCGCGGGUUAUGUAUUCGCGCUCGUCGUGGCGAUCGCAGCAACAACGGUCGUCGUCUCGGAACCGGACGACACGGCGAAGUCGCAGUUAAGGAUUCUCAAGUGUUGCCGUUACGGCGAGGAACUCCAGCUCUCUCCGACUCCAGCUGAGGACGACGCCGCGUUGCCGCGUUGCGGACCGGCGGCGUCGAAAACCUGGUGGGCACAGAUGAUUUAUUCAAUCGAAGAAGAAACACUGCUUACCAGCGGCAAAUUGCCCGCCAACUGGCACGUCGUCGAUGGACAAUGGCCGAAAUGCGACGACCACACGAAGUUAGCCCACUUGCGACAAGAGAUACUGAAUCCGAUCAUCAUGUUCACAAACGGUAGUGCGGUGCGUGAAUUCAGCCAGGCCACCACCGGUCCUUACAUUUCCCCCAGUAAUUAUUGCUCCGAUUCGACCGGUCUGCUCGUGUGCACGCCGAAAAAAUCGACGGGCCAUCACGCCGCCGCGACCAUGAGGCCGCGAGUACGACGUUGCUGCGGCGAGCACGCCAAUUUCCACGAAGGCGGAAAUACCUGCGUAAUCGUGCAGGAAACUGCGGAUGCACCGCCUUUACUUCCGAACGCGUCGUCCGCCAUCGAAAUUGUAGCUGGAUUUCCUAAUUGUCCAAAAUCCGACAACUUUACAAUCAUCGGAAAUGCACUUGACGCUGAGCUGCAACCAGACGGCAGCUUGGAAAUAAACGGGGCCAUUUUACCUAGCGGCCAGUUCUGCGUUGAAAGGAUCAAGGAACUCAACCAGAUCGCCAAGGUGUUUACCUGUCCGGAAUACGCACCACAAAGGCCUGCUGUAAAAACAACAGACAUCAGAUUCACCCUGUAUCCCGUGGGUUUCAUCAUCAGCGCUCUUUUCCUGGCUGCUACUCUGGCGGCCGGCUGUUUACUACCGGCCUCUCAUCACGUUCUGCAUUGGCGCUGCCAGACUCAUCAUGUCGCCUGUCUGAUGAUGGGCGAUAUUCUCAUGGCCAUCAUUCAGCUCGCCGGGGAUUCCCUUCAUGGUGCAAGCUGCAAGGCGUUCGCGAUCAUGGCGCAUUUUUUCUUCCUGGCUGCUUUCUUCUGGCUGAAUACGAUGUGUUUCAACAUCUGGUGGACGUUUAGGGAUUUGCGUCCAGUGAGCUUGGAAAAAGGUCAAGAGACCCUUAGGCUCAGAGUCUACGCCUGCUAUGCCUGGGGUGGGCCCUUCCUUGUCGCCGGUUUGGCUGCGCUUCUGGACCAUCUACCACCUCAACCACAGUACACAUUUCUGAGACCCCGCUUCGGCGAGAAGCAGUGUUGGUUCUACGGUGACAUGGAAAUUCUGGCAUAUUUCUUUGGACCGAUCGGAGUGCUUCUAGCUGUAAAUCUUAUGUUUUUCGCUGUAACUGCUCGCGAAUUGACGUGCGGUCUCUGGAAAGGCGAAUUCGUAAAAAGCACCACUGAGAGAGCAACGCUGGGCCGCAUAUGUAUGAAGCUGGUGAUUGUAAUGGGUAUUACCUGGGUAGCUGACGUUGUCUCAUGGGCCGUCGGCGGUCCGCAGUACAUCUGGUACUUCACCGACCUGAUAAACGCCUUCCAAGGGGUGUUGAUUUUCGCGGCGGUUGGCUGCCAGCCGCAAGUUCGAGCCGCACUGAAAAGAUUCUUCAGUAAGAAUCCGCAAAUCAACGCCGGGAGACAGGGUAAUGGUCACAGCACAACCAGUCACGGGAUGCCUAGCAUGGGCGACAGCGUAACGCAAAAUCCGAGCACUAAAACUGCACCGUUAGAGACUAUCUGCUAG